CGACUAGAUUAAAACCAAUGUAAAUUUGUAAAUUGUUUUAAAACUUGAUUUUCUCCUUCUUAGCGACGGGAACAGCAUUGAGCCAUGACGAUGGAAUGAUGUAUUAGCAGCCAUGCGGGGAAUGUAACGCUCGAACUCUCCAUCUAGCUUCAACAAUUUUCGAUCGAUUAAAAUACAGUCAGUUAGCAGUGCAAUUUUAGGCGUGUCUUAUUAAAUUUGGACAUGUAAUGCGAUGUGAAAUACGUAAAUCGCUUAAUCUUUCUCGUAGACAAAAUGCCUGGAAUAACAGUGACCAAAAGGGUAGUGUUCAUCGGCGCGUGGAGGACACAUACGGUCAAUGAUCAGCUUCUUAGGCAGAUAAACAACCAAACAGCAGCUAAAAAAGGAGUAUAUACAUUGAUUACGCUAACUGCCAAUGGGCUUGAACUUAAUAUUCUAGAUUCUAAUGGACAUGUGAGCAAAAAGGAUUCGAUUCCACUAGAAAAUAUAGUGGACCUGAUAGACAACAAAUACAACACAAGAUGCACGCUAGCUAUUGUGCGGAACAAGCAGCUAAACCUAUAUACAGUAUAUGUCUUUAUCUGCGAUUCGGAAAAGGACACGGCUGCUCUUAUCAAUACAUUUAAAGGCGCAAAAGGGCAACUAAUCGGAGAGGGAUACAACGUUGGUCUGACACCCUCCGGUAAGAAUUGGACAUUGAUUCCAAAAGAAGAUGAAGAUGGGAUUGAGGGUGAUAAGGGUAGAGGUGCUGUGGGGUCAAAUGAAAACCACGUAGAUGUUAACCAGAAAAAAAUGAGCAACAAAGGAAGUGUUACAUAUCGCGAUUCGAGUACAGUCAUGGAUGUCAAAAGACGUGCAGUGCGUGCUGUAAGUCCGCCACCAAGAGAACAGGUAACACAAGGACCUAUUUAUGUUAAGAGAGCUUUGUCACCCACACGUAGAGUAUAUCCUAUGAGACCAGCAGAGGUCCAGUAUCAAGCCGUUCCAGCGAGUUCCCAAAUGCUGGUUAGACAAGGAAAUGCAGUUAAGAGUACGUAUGCAAUGCCUGUUAAUGGUCAGUACGUGCGGACCGCUUCUAUUUCGUCCAAAGAUUCCAAUGCUUAUAACAGACGAGUUAACGACACGCGUUUUCAAGCCGUUCCAAGCCCACGCGUAUAUUUUCAACAGCAGCCACAACUUCAACCACAACUUCAACAACAACCUGCUACAUCAAAACGAAGCAAAGGCUUCUUUCGCAAAACAAAAAAGAAAAAGGUUAAUAAUUCCUACGGAAGAGAUACGGUUACCCGAAAUAUUGAAGAAGUCUACAGAGGAAGAUCAAUGCGCCGAGUAGUUGUCCCUCCUCCACAUGGAAACUGGAACCCAGUGCAGUAUGUCACUCUAUCAAAUGGUGGUAUGUCACCUGUUAAGCUUAGAAAUAGCAAUCCAUUUGCUGAACAGCAUGUCGAAGUACGCGAUACAUAUAUUCCACAUGAAAGCAACCCACAUGUAGAAGAAAAUACAUAUGAUAUCGUACAGCAUAGGAACGAUGAAGAAACGACUGGAUAUGAUCAUGAUUCAAAUAAUGCUGAACGCCAUGAUAGCGUCGUUGUUCAGACUAGUUUUGAUGAAAGGAAACAACCAGAGACAUCUGGCGAAGGAAACUAUGGCAAUGAAUAUGAGGUUUCGGCUAUAGAAAGGACACAUGAGCAAGAAACAACAUCCCAAUAUGUCACAGGAGUAAAUACAGAGCAAAAUGAGCAUCAGGAACGAAACGUGCAUGUUAUCAAAAUUACUGAAAACGACGAUAUAAAGGAGGAUCAUAUUGAUGAUUCAAGCGAGAAAAUAGAAAAUAAUGAUGGACUUUUUGAAUCAUAUGUCGAGACCCCAGAGCCCGAUGAGGAAAAUGUCAUAAAAAGAGAAAAGGCUGUAAGCUAUCACGAGGAUAGUGAAAGCGAAAUCAAUGAAGAUGAAAAUACUGUUCCCACUCGUGCAGAAAAUGGAAGUAUUGAAACCAAUAUAGAAAAUGAAGAUCAAACAAACGAAGAAGUUGAAACAGACGAAAAUAAUGAUUUAGAAGUUAACAAUGACGAAGUUAUUGAAGUCAGCGAGAACAAUCUUAUCAAAGUUGACAAUACCGAUGUUUUAGAAAGCAACGAUACCGAUGCGUUCGAAAUUAACAAUGACGAUGUGGCUGAAGUCAAUGAUAACAAAACUGUCGAAAUUAACAAUGCCGAUGUUGUUGAAGUCAACGAUACCGAUGGUGUUGAAGUUAAAAAUGCCGAUUUUUACAAAACUGAAGACGUGGAUGAAGAACCUUAUCGUCUUGAUUUAGAUGCGUUAAAUGCAUAUUCACAAAUACCAGACAUUGUUUUGGUUCAUACUGAAAGGGAUGAUGACAAGGUUGCAACGGCACGGAGCGCGGCAAAUGUACAAAAUGAUGAUGACAUAGCAAAUAUUGAAAAUGAAAAUAACGUGUUUUCUGAAAGGGCGGAAAAUGAAACAAGUACCCGUUCAAAAAGUUCAAAAGCUGUCCAUGUAAGCUUUCGUGAGGACGAAAUAUCAAAUGAAAAUUUCUCAUCAGAAGGGAAUCUUGGUCAUAGAAAUGACAUUUCCUGGGAAGAAGAUACUGCAGUUGAUGAGCCAACGCAAAACGAAGACAGCGAAGAAGAACCCUAUCAGCUGGAUGUCAAUGCGUUAAAUGCUUACUCAGAAAUCCCUGAUAUUGUGAUUGUUAAAUCUCCCGAAAAUCAUUCAGAAAGAGACACAGAGCGCUAUAGUUUUGAUUCUGGCGUUAAUGAUGCUGAAAAGAACAUGGAUGAAGAUGACGAACAUCCUGUCAAAAAACAAGUUGACUUUUAUUAUGAACAAAACCAUGAUGAAAUCAUGCAAACGGCUGAAAGCACCGUGCUUUUCUGAAAAAAGUUCAAUCAAACUGCUGCAAGGUGUUGCGUCUCGGGCAUGCGCACAAACCGUGUACCAAAGCGUCGUUUGAACUGUUUCAUUAAUGUGGUUGAUUGACUAACUUACCUGCGAAAGACCGGCAUGCGGAAUCUUAUAAACUUGAAUAUAUGCAAUGUAUGUUAACUGUUAAGCAGUUAUUAAGACCGGUAUGCGGAGUCUACAGAAAUCUUAUGAGCUUAAAUAUAUGCAAUGUAUGUGAGCUUUUAAGCAGUUAUUAAUGUAAGUGUUUUAUGUUUGAAUACGUAUUUAUGUGUUGGAUUAUUA